AUGAACUCACAUGAAUAACAAUUUAUAAACGACGAUGUAGUCUUGUCUUCUGAUGAGGAGGAACAGCUCUCGAUGAUUAUUGAACAUGAUCCCACAGGUCGAUUCUCAAAAGUACUUAUGAACCCCCUUAUAGUUUAGUAUAACGAAGAGAUAGGCAAGGGAGCUUACAAAAAUGUAUAUAGAGGUUAUGAUAACGAAAGUGGAUGCGAGGUCGCAUGGAAUGUCUUCUAGUUAACGAAUGUCUCGGAAAGUAUGAAUUGAAAAUAAUAAGAUGAGAGAAGAAGAGCCAAAUAAGAAAUUGCAAUUUUGAAAAGUCUGCAACACUAAAAUAUCAUUCGUUUCAUACAUUCUUGGCAAAGCAAGUCAAAGAAGGAAAUUGUUUUUAUCACUGAAAUCGUGAAUGGAGGUUCCUUGAAAAGGUAAUCUUAUAAUAAAAUUAUAUAGUUACAUAAGAAGAAUAAAAAGACCCAAAUUGAAAGUAAUACGCUAUUGGUGCAAGCAGAUUUUGGAAGGAAUUGAAUUCAUGCACUCCCAAAAUAUCAUCCACAGAGAUUUGAAAUGCGAAAACAUUUUCAUCGACACCAACAACAAUGAAUUAAAAAUUGGGGAUCUGGGAUUGUCUAUUUAGUAAAUACACUUUAUUAAAUAAGAGAAUGUCAUCUCAGAAUACAAGUUCCGUCUUAGGCACCCCAGAAUUCAUGGCCCCGGAAAUAUACCAAGGUAAUUAUAAUACCAAGGUGGAUAUCUAUGCAUUUGGAUUGUGCGUUCUAGAAAUGGUAACUGGCUUGAAGCCCUUUAGUGAAUGCAAAGGAGGCACAGGUUAGAUUAUCAAAAAAGUGAUGGAAUCUUAAAAGCCACAAAGUAUAGAAGCAAUUCUAAACGAAAAAAUCAAAACAAUAAUUUUAGAGUAUAAAUUUAAAUCAAUUGAAGAUGUCUCAACCCUCCAGAUCAGAGACCUACAGCUACUUAAUUAUUGAACCAAUACUUUCAAUCCACCGUUUAAGAUGACGAUAAUCAGCCUGUCUCCAUCAAUGAAUCCCUGCUUGUUCAAAUGACAAACGAUAGCAAAAGUAUACAUUGUCCAAUACUUAGAUUCCUCUGUUUUAAAAUAUAUUCCUUCGAAAAAUGUGAGUGAAUAGAAAGGAACUAACAAUAAAGUUCUGGUUAAUAAUUAGUCCUACAAAGUCAAUUCUAACAAUAUUCUCUAAGAAAUCAAUCCCAAUUCAAUGAAAUAAAGUGGAGUUAAGUUCAACAAACUAAGUAUUGAUACUAAUGAUGAUUAUUCUGUGGAACAGUAAUUUACUAAACAGUAUAGAGAAUAUUAUGUAAGAAUUCAUUUUAUAUUUUGAAGCUAACUUAAAAUGAUGAAACCUUGUAGGAUCUAGAAUAGAGACAAGAGAAGGAACUUUAGUUACUUAGAAAUAUUCAUAAAUAAUAGAAGACAGAACUCUCGAAUAAACUAUCGUUAACCAAUAGAGUUCCUGUCAUUCCUUAAGGAUCAGGGUUUUUAUCUCCAAAAUCGUUUUUUACACUAUUUGAAUAUAACAGCAACGAUUUCCAACAUCAGCAAAUAUCAUAAUAAGCAAUGGUGUAUCCGCUUUAGGUUUUAAGGAGAGCAGAUACGCUUAGUUAAGAUGAAGAUGGGGUUAAAAAAAAUGAAUUUAAAAGUGAUACAAUCAGUACUAAUCAAUCGGUACUCAAUAUAAAAAUAUGUUUAGCAACAAUAAUGUAAAUUUAAUACAGAUGUUGCAUUGUAAUCGAAGUCAUAAAGUAUUCGACCAAUUUUUUAAAGUUGA